AUGUUGAGAGAUGAGGUUAGAAACAAUCAAACAACGGACCGUAUUACUUCGUGGACAAUUAAGCAUUGGAAUCAUUAUGCAAAUCAGUUGCAUAACAUAUAUGGAUUUCGGUAUACGGGUGUCAAGGUGCGCCAAAAAUAUCAACGAUUGAAAGCUGAUUACCAGACAUUUAAGCGACUGCAGGCACAGGCUGGUCUGGGAUGGGAUCUUAUUAUAGGCGCUGUUGUUGCACCCGAUGAAUUUUGGGAUAAGGCUAACAGAAAUGUGAAGAAGUUUAGGACAAAAGGGUUUGAAUAUUUUCAAGAAAUGGCAGAAAUUGUUGAAAAUUCUUCUGAUGUUGGUGGGAGUAACGUUGGUGGGAGUAAUGCUGCUGAGGCCAUUCCUGUUGACUUAUUCCGGGAUGAGUAUAUGGAUCCAGUAAAUGGCAAAAGUCACAAGAGGGGCCCUGCAACCAGCCGGACUGACAGUGGUCGUUCCAAAAAGUCACGGUCAAGUGAGUUUGAUGACGUAUGCGCAGCUUUCACAUCCUAUGUACAAGCCAAAAUAGGACAUUCACGUGCACGAGAAAAUGAGACUGAGGCUGUAAGUGCAAGUGGUGAUGAUUAUUCCCUUGAUGCAUGUCAAGAUGCAUUACUUGAGCUUGGGGACAUACCACCGUUGCAGUACCUUAGGGAACUGACAUUGUUCAAGGAUAAAGAAUGGCGAAGACAAAGACAUAUGUCAUCUGAUAGAGAAAACAAUACAAUGGAGCUCUCAUCAGAGGAGGAUGAGAUUGUUGAUGAUUUUAUGGAUUUUUUGAUGAUUGCUUUAAUGCAUGACCAUAUCAAUGCGUCAAGAGGUUUUUUCCUUGGUUCAAGGUACGAACAGUAUGACUGUCCUGAUUGUGUCGGUGCUAUCGAUGGCACAUUGGUGGAUGCAUGGGUCCCUGCUUCAAGACAAAAUACAUUCCGCGGUCGGAAAGCAACGGUAUCACAAAAUGUACUCGCAGCUUGCGACUUCGAUAUGUUGUUCACAUUUAUUAAUUCUGGAUGGGAAGGUAGCGCUCACGUCAACGCUAUUCUGGUUGACUCUAUUACACGAGCUGAUCUACAGUUCCCACACCCACCCAAUGGCAAGUACUAUUUAGUUGAUGCUGGUUUCACGAACAUGCCUGGAUUUCUCGCCCCAUUUCGGUCUCAACGGUAUCACUUGCAAGAGUUUCGUGGCCAUCGCUAUGCAGGACCUAAGGAAUUGUUUAACCAUCGACAUUCGUCAUUACACAAUGUCAUAGAAAGAACAUUUGGUGUUUUGAAGAAGCGCUUCCCAAUAUUGCGGUCCAUGCCAAAUUACAAGUCUACACGACAAGGGCCUCUCGUGAUUGCAUGUUGUGUAGUGCACAAUUGGAUCCGUUUGCAUGCAGCUAUGGAUCCAUUCUUUAUGGAAGUUGAUUAUGAAAUGGCCGCAGAAGCAGACGGGCUUGUUGGAGACCAAGCUAACUACGUUGACAUGUCACAACAUGGGUUAGCGUCCCAAUCGAACGUUAGGGAUGCAAUUGCUACUGCUAUGUGGCAAAAUCAUGUUCACCAUAUGGGUGGUGGUGGCUGGUGGGUUGUGCUGGCAGGUGGGUGGUUGGUGGUGGUAGGUGGUGGUGGUGAUAAGUUCACCAUUUAA